AUGUUUACACCAAACCAUAAAAAAGAAUCAACUGAAGCAGAAAAGGUUAUGAUGGAUCUUGUCUUUCAAUCUACGCAAGCUGCUGAAUCAUUUGUAAUGGUUUUAAUUAAAUUUUAUCAAGAGAAUUCUGUUAGCAUAUGGAAUGGAACAGAAUGUAAAGGAGUUGCAAACAUUGAAAAGCUCUUGUCUGAGCUACCACAAACUGCACACACCAUCGAUACAUACGACGCACAACCAAUCUAUAGCGUCGAUAAGAAAUUAACAAACAUUUUAAUAACCGUCAGUGGAAAAGUAGUCUACGCCGGAACUGCCAAUCACGCAUUCAACCAAACUUUAGUCCUCGCCAAAGACCCAACCACUCAAAACUUUUAUCUAGCUCACGAUUGUGUUAGAUUAACUUCCUAA